CGGAUGCCCACUUCGAAUGGGAUAGGAGGGGUUUGCAAAGGAGACUCUUUCAUUCGGUUGCCCCAUUGUUGUUCUCUGCACGUUGUCUUCGACUUACAAGUGAAUAAGCUAAGCUGCCUCUUUGAAAAGGUCCGUCUGCAUUCAGCACGUGUGUCCUCAGGAGAGGUGGGAGACCUUGCGGACAUCUGAAUGUAGGGAGCAUGAGGAAGAGCUGCAGUGUGUUGACAGUGAUGUCCAAAGACGACAGCAAGGAGGUACCAGCCUUCCUUGGGGCCACUCUGGGCGCAGACCUGCACAGACGCUGCCGCCGCCACUCAGGCACGUUGGUGCUGCCGCCAUUGUCAUGGCGACAGGCGGAGAGGGCACGGUCUCCCGAGGAGGACCUCAUGAGCCGUCCCACCUCACUUACCAUCACCACGACUCCACGAAUAGACAUCACUCCAGUGCCACCUGACAGUUUGGAGGUGGAGAACGGCCUGUCCACAGAUGGCAGUCCUCUUCAGCCGUCACCCAGCUCAGGCCUGGUGCUGCACCCCAGCACGGCGGGCCACGGACAACGUCGUGAGUCCUUCCUGUACCGCUCAGACAGUGACUACGACCUGUCGCCCAAGUCUACCUCCCGCAACUCCUCCAUCACCGGCGAUCUUCACGGUGAAGACCUAAUAGUCACUCCCUUUGCUCAGGUGCUUGCCAGUCUGCGAACCAUCAGGAGUAACUUCAGCAUUCUGACCAAUGUGCCAUGUUCCACCAGCAAGAGGUCUCCAGUCACCAUCCAGGCUCCCUUAAGCAGAGCGUCUCUAACAGACGAGUCCUACCAGAAGCUGGCCGUGGACACCAUGGAGGAGCUGGACUGGUGCCUGGACCAGCUGGAGACCAUCCAGACGUACCGGUCCGUCAGCGACAUGGCCUCCAACAAGUUCAAGAGGAUGUUGAACCGCGAGCUGACCCACCUGUCGGAGAUGAGCCGCUCCGGAAACCAGGUGUCCGAGUUCAUCUCCAACACAUUCUUAGACAAACAGAAUGAGCUGGAGAUACCAUCGCCCACUCCUAGGUCUCGGGAGAGAAAGAGGAGGCCGCAACAACAGCAGCAGCUCAUGACUCAGAUCAGCGGGGUGAGGAAGGUCACGCACGGCCCCGGUAUCACCAGCAGUUGCAGUAUGGCCCGUUUUGGCGUGAAAACAGACCUAGAGGACGUGCUCGCAAAGGACCUGGAGAACAUUAACAAGUGGGGCAUGAAUGUCUUCAGAGUUUCCGAACAUUCCCAACAACGUCCGCUCACCUGUGUCAUGUAUGCCAUCUUCCAGGAAAGAGACUUGAUGAAGACAUUCAAGAUCCCCAUGGACACUUUUGUAACAUACAUGAUGACCCUUGAGGACCACUACCACUCGGACCUGACCUAUCACAACAGCUUGCACGCCGCUGACGUGGCUCAGUCCACACACUUCCUGCUCUCCAGUCCAGCUCUGGAUGCAGUUUUCACAGAUCUGGAGAUUCUGGCAGCCAUCUUCGCGGCAGCUAUCCAUGAUGUGGACCACCCGGGGGUCUCCAACCAGUUCCUAAUUAAUACCAACUCAGAACUGGCUCUCAUGUACAAUGAUGAGUCAGUCCUCGAGAACCACCACUUGGCCGUAGGCUUCAAGCUCCUGCAAGGGGAGAACUGUGACAUAUUCAAGAACCUCUCAAAGAAGCAGCGGCAGACCCUCCGGAGAAUGGUCAUUGACAUGGUGCUAGCCACAGAUAUGUCAAAGCACAUGAGCUUGCUGGCAGACCUCAAGACAAUGGUAGAGACCAAGAAAGUGACCAGUUCAGGUGUCUUGCUGCUGGACAACUAUACAGACAGAAUACAGGUCCUGCGUAACAUGGUCCAUUGUGCUGACCUCAGCAAUCCCACCAAACCCUUAGAUCUGUACCGACAAUGGACGGACCGAAUCAUGGACGAGUUCUUCCACCAGGGUGACCGCGAGAGAGAUCGAGGCAUGGAGAUAAGCCCUAUGUGUGACAAGCACACGGCCUCCGUGGAGAAGUCCCAGGUGGGAUUCAUUGACUACAUUGUGCAUCCACUCUGGGAGACGUGGGCUGACCUUGUCCAUCCUGAUGCCCAGGACAUUCUUGACAAUUUGGAGGAGAACAGGAACUGGUACCACAGCAUGAUCCCCCAGAGCCCCUCUCCUCCAUUCUAUGAGGCCCGGGACAACGUCGGGGACAAGUUCCAGUUUGAAUUGACUUUGGAGGGCGAGGAGAGUGAGGAUGGAUCACAGCAAGACACUGUUCACCAUCACCAUUCACCUUCAGAGACAGCUUGUGUGGAAAUGGUCAACCAAACCGCUUCACAAUCAUCCGCUGAGACGUAGCAGGCCAUGAAGUUUGUAUUGGGUUGACGAUGCUUAUUUAUAUGAUGAGAUGGAGAGCCUCUAAACUCCUAACUCUGAAGUUGUUUUGGAGAUGAACUCAUCAAGAAAACCGGGGCGAAGGGCUUCUGCUGUUUUCCCAGCGUCCAAGCGGAAGUUAACGGUCGUCAGAAAGGGUGUUGGAGUUUGCAGAACUCGCCUAGAAAGGAGGACAUUUUCUGCAGUUCCAGCCACUCAUGGUUCGUUCCAAAGUGCUGUUCAAGUGCUCCCUGGACUGAAUCAGGGAUGAAACACAGCCAAGCAGAAUUUCUGAUUCUGAUGCUUCAGUUUGGUGCUGGUGUGGGAUGCUAUGAAGGAGAACUACUGACUCAUAUACCAGACAGAUUUUUACCCUUUUUUUUACUUCUGUGUCAAAGACACUUUUUUCUACUAGUGUGCAUUUUGUGACUAUUGUUUCUCAUGAACACAGUAACACAUGCAUACACAUGUAACAUGUGAAGGAAUUGUUAUAUGCUAAAAGCAAAACCAGGGAAAACAAAUGUUUCUCAGACAUUUCUGGAUCAGUCUUCCUUUAUUCUGGGCAAUAGAAUGAGCAAAUAUCCACAGGUGUGUACAUUGACACAAUCCAAAUAUCACGUCUAAUUUACAACAGACAGUAUUUCACUCUGUUAUAUAUAUUUUUAUUCUAUGAUAUAUGGUACUUUGUAUCUAUUGUAAACAGGAUUCAAAACACCAAUGAUAAAAGCACUUUAAUGGUGACACUGAAACCACUUUAAUAUUGGCAACCCUGCUGCCCUAGUGUUGACUAAAUCUCUUCAUCUAGAUUAAAUUCUUCUGAAUUCUGAAAUUGAGGAAUCAAUGCUUCUAGAAAAGCUUUUGUAAUCUUUGGAAAGGGUGAAAAUCUAAAGGUUUUAGAUUUAUCAAGGAAAUCAGUUAAAAAGGGGAAAUCCUUCCAAGGUCACAAAAAGGAAUGGUUUAAAAAUAAUAACAUAUUUUCAAGUCAUGCCAACAUUGGGCCUCCAUGUAACAAUCACUGACGUCAAUGGCUUUUGUUUCCCCGUGUUAGUGUAGGUUUUCUCUACACAGGAUGUGGUUCAUAGCCUACACUUCACUUGGUUUCAUAUCGCCAAGUUUUAAUCUCUUAGGGCAUGUAUACAGUUUCUCUUUUCUGUACCUGGUUCCUAUAAAGCGAUGUGCCCUGGUAUGUUUGUGGUAGCCCUCAAGAUAGCGAUACAGCCAUAUACCAGUCACUUAUAUAGGUAAAGCUGGAAAAGUAUUCUUUGAUUUCUUCUGAGAGUGUGUGAAUGUGUGUAGAUGUAUAUAAUGUUUUUCUUUUUUUUAAAUAGCAAGUUUAAAACAACUGUUUCUGAAGCUCAAUUUUGUCUCUGAAUUUCUUUACUGUUUUGUCGUGGUGUUAAAAAAACAAGGCCAUACACUCAGCUGACAGAGUAAUUAGGCUACUUUAUUGUUCUAUUACUAGUCAGAACAUGUUACAAGGAGCUACUUAAAAAACUUCAAACUUUCUUUUUUAUUUUAUUUUAAAAUUGCAUAAUUGCAAUGAAUGUUCUUGCUCAUGUGUAUUGGUGAUUUCCCUGGUGGAACUAACAUCAUUAUUCAUUAUUACUAUUGUUGUUAAAAUUAUUUUAAUUUGUACUGCACAAAAACCAAGCAAUUUGACUAAAUGUCAUACUCAGUGAUACCAUGAUGUACAGGUGUCACUUUCCAAAGAAUCUAUUAAACUGGUAAAUGUUUGAAGGA